AUGGGCGGUCUCUUCAGCUAUUUCAGGGGUUUAUUAGGAGCUCGAGAAAUGAGAAUAUUGAUCCUAGGUUUAGACGGAGCCGGAAAAACAACAAUAUUGUACAAAUUACAAGUUGGUGAAGUAGUGACGACAAUUCCAACGAUCGGCUUUAACGUAGAACAAGUAACGUAUAAAAAUCUCAAGUUUCAAGUGUGGGAUCUUGGAGGACAGACAAGUAUUAGGCCUUAUUGGCGAUGUUACUAUGGCAAUACGGAUGCAAUAAUAUAUGUCGUAGACUCAGCAGAUAGAGAUAGGAUAGGAAUAUCUAAAGACGAACUUGUUCAUAUGCUGAGGGAAGAUGAAUUAUCAAAUGCAAUUUUGGUGGUACUAGCAAACAAACAAGAUAUGGCUGGUUGUCUGACAGUCGCCGAAGUGCAUCAAGCUUUGGGCUUGGAUGCCUAUGGACUGGCUAUCCAAUGCAUUGCAGGCGAGGAAAUAACAAUAGUAUUUGAACUGAGUUGUUUGGGUCGCGAGGCAGUAUGGAGGUAUGCAGUGAUGUAG